CCACCCCACCCCACCCCCAUGUAGGCCCCUUUGCAGCUGAAGCCGGAUAGCAGAGCCUGCUUCCUUGCAGCAGGAGGCCACAGGGAGGAGAGAAAGAAAGAGCAAGGGAGCGCGAAGGAAGGAUUGAGGCCGCCAUGGCCCAUUCUCCAGUUGCAGUGCAGGUGCCUGGCAUGCAGAACCACAGAGCAGACCCCGAGGAACUUUUCACAAAACUUGAACGAAUUGGGAAAGGCUCAUUUGGGGAAGUCUUUAAAGGAAUUGAUAAUCGGACACAGCAGGUGGUUGCCAUAAAAAUCAUUGACCUUGAGGAAGCAGAAGAUGAAAUAGAAGACAUCCAGCAGGAGAUCACUGUUCUAAGCCAAUGUGACAGCCCAUAUGUAACAAAAUACUAUGGCUCCUAUUUAAAGGGCACAAAAUUAUGGAUAAUAAUGGAAUAUUUGGGUGGGGGAUCAGCGCUGGAUCUGCUCCGUGCCGGCCCAUUUGACGAGUUCCAGAUUGCGACAAUGCUGAAGGAAAUCUUGAAAGGUCUUGACUAUCUACACUCGGAGAAGAAAAUCCACAGAGAUAUAAAAGCUGCCAACGUACUCUUGUCGGAACAAGGAGAGGUCAAGCUUGCAGAUUUUGGGGUCGCAGGGCAACUGACCGAUACACAGAUUAAGAGGAACACCUUUGUGGGCACACCAUUUUGGAUGGCCCCUGAAGUCAUUCAGCAGUCAGCCUAUGACUCAAAAGCUGAUAUCUGGUCCUUGGGAAUCACCGCUAUAGAACUAGCCAAAGGAGAACCUCCCAACUCGGACAUGCACCCCAUGAGAGUUCUCUUUCUCAUUCCCAAAAACAACCCUCCAACCCUAAUAGGAGACUUCAGCAAACCGUUCAAAGAGUUCAUCGAUGCAUGUUUGAACAAGGACCCAACAUUUCGCCCCACAGCGAAAGAACUCCUAAAGCACAAAUUCAUCCUGAAAAAUGCCAAGAAGACCUCGUAUCUAACAGAGCUUAUUGAUAGAUUUAAGCGAUGGAAAGCAGAGGGACACAGCAGCGAUGAAACGGAUUCAGAUGGUUCCGAUUCCGAGUCAAGUAACAAAGAGAACAACUCUCAUCCAGAAUGGAGUUUUACUACAGUUCGGAAGAAACCAGAUUCCAAGAAACUGCAGAAUGGAACCGACCAAGAACUCAUGAAAACCCUGAGCUGUUUAACCAUGAUAAUCACACCUGUGUUUGCUGAGCUGAAACAGCAAGACACCAAUAAUGCUAGCAGGAAGAAGGCAAUUGAGGAACUUGAAAAAAGCAUCAAUUUGGCAGAAACGGCUUGUCCUGGGAUCACCGACAAGAUGGUGAAGAAGCUUAUGGAGAAAUUUCAGAAGUUUUCUGUCAACAAUUCCUCCUAGGAAACCCGUGUCAGCGAUGCUGUUCCACACGGACUCCGUAUAGCCCACCAAAACGUACUAUAAGCUUGGCAGUGCUUUGUCCAUGAGCUCCUUGUGCCUUUUUGGAUGAUUGCAGCAUAUUUGACGAGAGGGGAUUUGAAAAGACUCAACUCCACUAUUUUGUGAUGGGUAUACUUGCUUUUUUUGUAUUUCCAGGACAUUCUUUUUUUUGUAAAGAGCAACUUUUAAUAUUGUAGUUUUCACCUCUUUAAUCCAGAUUUUAAAGCAUACACACAGAGAGACACACAACAAAAUUGGUGAGGCGCUGGUUUGCUUCUUGGUAGAACUUGGGAGCUACGAAUUGCCAGUCUCCACAUGCAGGAUGUGGGGUGUCCAGAAUUCCUUGAUCUGCACCUCUUUACAGUACUUGACUUCUGAGAAAGGAUACGUGCCGUGUGUUUUGAUAACAUUUUGUUACACUUCAGACAGGACUGGUUGUCUUCUUGUUCCUUUUUAAAUGUCUGCAUCAGUUAAUGGCUUUUCUGAGUCACUUAAAAUAGGCUUCAAAAUAGCUUUUUUGCAACAAUACACAUGAGAGCACCUCAGCCUGUAGGGAUAUUGCUGUGAUACCUACAGGAACACCAUAGUUCCUCUUUAGGCCUGUAAAUGUAACAAAACCUGCAACCAUAUCAAUUAUUUUGAAAAUGGGUACAGUAUUUUAGGCAGCUCUGUGAUCACCUACGUUUGAGAGCAAUAUGUCAGUAGCUGUGCAAGGUAAGAUGUAGCGACCGAUCUCGUUUAGUGUACAGUUUGUAUGUAUUACCUUUUAGGGCAGGAUUUCAAGUUAGUCAAUUCAUCAUGGUAAGAAAUUUUUUAAGCAAUACAAUUGAGGGCAGAGGGGGCUUUUGGCAAUAAUGGAUACAAUCUGGCUUAAUUUAAAUGUUCCUUUCUUUGUUUCUUUUUUAGAAAACAUUGGGGUGGGGUAACUCCUUCUCUGUUUGGGAUGGGGGACCUGGGGUUAUACCGUGGCAUGCAAUAAAUACCUCACAAGCAGGUAUAAGUGUGUGACACCAGCGUUUUGUGUGGUGGUGUUCUUUUCCUGUAAGAUAUUUAUACACUUAGGUUCUUAAAGUAAAUUACAUAGUGUGCAUCACCAUAUGUUUAAUUUCCCCCACUCCAUUGUGUAUUUUAAAUAUGUAUUUACCAGUUAAUAUGCAAAUAACUGAGUUAUAGAUAUUCUUUCACAAAAAAAGAUAGUACUGUGCAGUAUGGAGUGGUUCUUUUCAUAAAAGGUAGAUAAAAUUAUAAACUUGCUUUCAGUUAUAUAUUUAUGGUACUGUUUAGAUGGGGUUAUAUCUUUUUCUCUCUCUCUUUUCAACCCAGUAUGUAUAUUAUGCUGAAGUUUGAAGUGGGGUUGUAUUUCAGUCCUUAACUGUGGGAACUGUUGGUGUAAAUUUAUUUUUGAUAAAAAGUCUGGAUGUGUUUAAUUUUAUAGUUUUUCGGAUCUGCACAUUUUUGUUUGUUUUUGCACAAAAGUCAUUUUAAAGGAUUUGAAGUCUAUCUGCCAAAUAUUAAAAAAAAGUUAAUGGAGUGCAAAGCAGAUAACUGAUUUUUUAGUUAAAAGUUGCCAUUACAUCCUUUUUUUAAGAAGAAAAGAGAUAUAUUAAGACACUGGGGAGAGAUGGUGUUUAGAAAUGCAAAGGGCAGUUAUUUUCUGUGGUGCCUACACUGUAAAAAUUACUUUUAACUCCUUUGUUUUAAUUUUAAAGAAAUGUUUGUUAAAAAAAACUUUCAUCGCUAUAUAACUGAAACAAUUAGAAUUUAUAUCUGAAGAAAAAAAGUCUGGACAUAGUUUUUGAACACAAUAAUGUUAUGGAUUAAAUAAAAUAUUUUUAUAAAUGUAAAAGCAGCAAAAAAAGUUUGUAAAUACAGUUGAUCUGAAGCUUUACAAAAUAACUGCAUCACCGGACAGAAGUGUAAGCGCUCUUCCCUGUAGCUCUUAGUCCUGUAAAUCUGUUUAUAGAUGAAGCUUCUUUCAGUGUUGUUUUGGGGGAGGGGGCAAGCCAGGGGCCACGGAAGGUUGAACCGUUUAAAAAUAAAUAAAUAAAUAUUUAAGUUCCUUAA